CGCAGUGGGCAAUCAAGCAAUCCACCAACCGUCUCAUCUCAUCCCCUGCGACUAAGAGCAUCCAGUCCUGAACCCUUAGCCGAAGUCUAUCCCUCCCAGUUGGACCCCGCCCAAGCAAAUGACGGCCGAAUGCCAAUGGAACCAGGAUUCGGAUCCCAGCCUGGCCAUGCGAUUUACCCUCUCGGCCAGGAGGGGAAGGAACCUAAUGGGUGUGUGAGUGCGCCCACGAACAGGCUGGUCGGCCGGAUCUCCUUGGACUUCCGGUCGAUAGGGAAUUGGAGGUAGUAGUAGCAGUAGGCCCUGCAUCAAUCGAUCGAUUAUUACCUUACUCCGUAGGUAUCUACUACGUCCUAUUUACUCGAGAUCGUGCCCGUCCAGACAGACCCUGUCUGUCUUCGAUCCGCCCCCCCCCCUCUCUUCCAGCGGACCGGCCAUCUCAUUAUCCUGCGUGACAUGAUUCCCGCCGGGGAUCAGCGUCAGCAAUCUGGUUGUUGCCCUUCAUGGGGCGGUUCACAGGCGAUACGAAAGAUCCGGCCGUCAAUGUCACGACCUGGUUUCUCCUCGUGACGGCCGCGCUGAGUGUCAUGUUUCGGCUCGGGACGAAGUAUGGCUCGUUUCGCACGUUCACGAAUGAUGAUUAUUUGAUUGUGGUGUCGUUGGUAUUCUGCAUCGGACAAUCCCUCGCGGUGUCGAUGGCUGUCGCAAAUGGCUAUGGAUAUCACUAUUCUACGCUGUCGCCGGAGCGCUUCGAUAAUAUGAUGAAGUCGCAAUACGCCGCCUCGCUGCUCUACCCGCUCAGUCUCUACUUCUCCAAGAUCUCACUCUCGUGCUUCAUCCGCAACCUGACCCCAAAGGCCAAAGACCACUUGGUCGCAUAUGUGGUACAAAUCUCCGUGACUAUCCUGGCGCUGGUCUCGCUCGUCGGGACUGCCUUUCAAUGCAGCCUCCCCAAUGCCUGGGACUAUUAUGCGGGGAAGUGCAUGAACCUGGCCGCAUGGCACUACUUCAAGGGGGUCACGAACAUCAUCACCGACGCCAUGAUCGUCCUGCAAGCGCUGUACCUGAUCGCGCGCAUCCAAACCACCCGGAAACGCAAGCUCAUGUUUGCCAUGAUCUUUCUCUCGCGAGUCCUAGUAAUCCUCAUCAGCAUCGCCGAACUCAUCCUCGUAUCCCAAAACACCGACAACAGCGACCCCUCCUACAGCACCUGGGGCAUCACCAUCAGCAUCGAAACCAUCCAAUGCCUCAGCAUCGUGACCGCCUGCUGGGCGCAACUGAAACCCUUCCUGAACAUGCUCAAAUCCAACGGCCUGCGGAUCCAAGGUGUGGAUUACCGAUCGACGAACAACCAGACGAAAUGGUCGACGACGCGGUCGGGAAAUCGGACGGAGAGUAAAUACACGCGCAGCGGCGAGCACGAGUUGAUGGGGAUGGGGGCGGGUCAGGGGAAUGUCACGACGGUGUCGGCGGCGCGGUUGUCGGAUGAGGAUAGUCAGUCCAGUCAGACGGGCAUCAUACGGGAGAUCCGGACGUGGGUCGUCAGUGAGGAGGUGGAGACGGAGGAGACGUGA